CAAUAAAGAUAAAUUACAAGUGACAAGUGUACAAUAAUCUGAACCACUCAUAUUGUAUUCUCUCCAGCUCAUACUGUUUGAUUCUGCAAUUUCAUUGUCCAGUGUGGUGUAUUAAAGAAUCCAAGAUUCCCCAAAGCUAGUGAACAGUUGCUGGAGCCACUUGUGAAAGAUCUUGUUUAGCAACAACAGUUGUCAAUUUACCUUGGGUGCUUUUGUCUAUCAGUCGGGGCAUAGGUUUUUUUCUUAUGUUUGGAAUAUUAGGCGAAUGGGCAAAGUUUGAGAUUUGCAAUUGAGACCUGCUGUGAGAAGACGACUAUAAAAUAGCAUGCUACUCAAGCAGAUUGUGAGCUUCAACUCAAACCACGAGUUCUAGACCCUAUUUGAGUUUGGUUACUCUACUCUACCUCUUGACUAGAACCAGAAUAGGACAAGGCUGCACUUCUUUUCCUCCUCUUUCCCUUAAGAUUGCUUAUUCUAAGAUGAUGGAUAUGGGAUGGAUGCUUGCCAGCAUUUCCAGUUCAGCUCUAACAGUCCUGGAUGCUGUUCUUAUAAACAGGAUUGGCUCUACGAGAGAAUAUCUUAAGGAAAAAUGGAAGUGAUAUUCGUCAAUGAGAGGGGUGCUACUUUUUUACAGUGGGCUAUUAUGCAAGGAGUUGCAAUGAUCUUGCAGAACAGAUACCAACGGCAAAGACUCUAUACUCGCAUUGCUUUGGGAAAGGCUAAAAGAAUGGAUGUUGUCUGGGGAGAAACAGCUGGUGUGGAUGGACAGUUAUGGCCUUUUUACCCAAUACUUUUUGCUACGAAGGUGAAUCAGGACCGACUCGACAAAGCAAAUAUGAACAAAGCUUCGUACUUAAAAUUUCCAUGGAUUAGUUGCUGUAACUGUACCUGCAUUGUUACACGUCUUUCUAUUCAAGGAAACUUCUUUUGGCAGGUAGUAUUUUGCCGGAUCCUUUGGUUCUCAUGGCGAUUUGCAAUUUCACAAACACCAUCCACACUUUGAUGGCAAAGUCACAGUUCAAAGCAACAAUGAAAAGAAGUACAAGCCCGUGUUAGAUCAGUGCAUCCUGAUAGCAAAGGAGAAUGUCCUAGGUACAUUGAAGUUCUAUUCAAGACCUGCUUUUCAAAGUGAUCUUGUUUCUUAGAGACCAUCAAUUUCUUAGCUCUGGCCCAAAAUUCUCAAUUCCGUUUAAUGACUUCAUUUUAGAGGCCCAAAAUUCAGGUUCUCGUAUCUGUGUUAGUUAUGACAGAAGGGGUGGAUUACUAUCCUUUAGUUUGGGUCCAAAAAGUAUUCAACUCUCCGCUGAUCUGUCGUCUUCCUUUGUCAGAAGUAACGUCUCCGUCCUCCUCCUUGGUGUGAGCCAUUCUGUCGGCCGUAUUUUCCUGAUUGUCCUUAUUGAGCGGGAUGGGCGCCAUCCCCCUUGUGAAUCGUUGACAAGCUUCUCGACAUCCUUCAUUGAUAGACUUCUGUGGACGUGGUUUGUAAUAAUAUGGCAAUGCAGAAAAAAGUUGAUAGAGCUGCCUCCACUGGAAAAGAUUUCGAGUAUUUGGAGGAAGAAAAGAGUUUCUUUUCUGGUGGAGUUUAUCAUAGUAUGGAUCCUGGAUUAUUUUCCACUCAACGUAUCAUAUAAAGAAAGUUUUCUUUGCGAUCA